UGCUGCUGCUGCUACUGUUGUUGCUGCUACCCCAGGUAGCACUGGUGGCCGCGAUGGACGCGCGCGUGGUCGUCGGUGCGCCGGCCGCGGAAGAGACGCCGGUGGCGGCGGCGACGCGAGGCGUCGCGACGCCCUCGCCGGUCCCUUCGGCGCCGAACACCGUCGUAACCGUCACCGGUACCGGCAACAGCGGGGGUGGCGGCGGCGGUGGCGGCGGCGGCAGUGGCGGUUCUAACGUCAUCGCGACCCUCUCGUCCGCACCCUGCGUCCCGCAGAAUCCAGUCGUCGUCGUCGCGAGCCCCUCCAGCAAUCAUCAACAACCGACCGGCGUGCCAGUCACCGCUGUUCCCAGGAUACUCAGCAGGAACGUCAACGGCACGU